CCUUAGCCGUGCACUGUAGCUAGCUAGGAAGUUGAUGUCAUCAAAUUUCACAUGAUGUGUAGUGACGUCCAAACAUCAAAACAUUGCUAGCAAAUUGUAAAAAGAAAUGGAUAGUAACAAUAUAAUUCCAUUAAAUAACGACAGUAGACGCUGUAUUUUCUUUAAUACAGAUUCUGACGACUAUCGAUGUGUGGUGAUUCUCACAGUGAAGCGAGCCACAGGCACCUUCUCACUGAUAGGAUGCUUUUUCAUGCUGUUUGUAAUCUGGCUUCUCCGCCGGUAUCACUCCUUGGCCCAGAAGAUGAUUUGCAGUCUGACAGUUGCGGCCUUCUUUGACAGUGUAGCGUAUGUCAUCGGUGAUACCCAUCCAGAGGGGAGUCUGUGUAACUUCCAGGCCUGGUGGCUCACUUAUUUUGACUGGAGUGCCUUGGCCUGGGUGUGCCUGAUCACAGUGAACCUCUACCUUAACCUGGUCAAAGAGAUGAGCACCAGCCGCUAUGAGCUACUGUACCACCUGAUGGCCUGGGGGGUGCCCCUGGUGAUGGCCUCCCUGCCCCUGUUCAGUGGAUACUACGGCCCAGCAGGAGCCUGGUGCUGGAUCACAGGCAACCACGUAGCUUGGAGAUUUGGGAUAGCAGGGCUGGAGAGCUUCUCGAGCUGCAGGAUGGCGUGUGGGUGUACAUGUUUAUGGUACGUCCCACUCUUCACCCUCAUCUUCCUCAUGAUCUGCUGUUACGCCAGAAUAAUCUACGUAGCCAAUGAGAGGAUGCAGUCGUGGUUUGGCACCUUCAACCCAGAGAGGGAGAGGAGAAAGGUGUCUUUGGCUGAGGAGAUAAAGCCGUUGAAGUGGUAUCCAUCCGUUUAUCUCCUGGUGUCUCUGUUCCCCCUCAUCAACAGGCUCCAUAAUGUGUUCUACCCCCAGGAUCCAGUGUUCUCUCUUACUUUGCUCCAUGUCCUUUCAGCCCCUCUCCAUGGCUUGGCCAACGCAUUCGUCUUUGGCCUGGACAGAGACACCUGGAGCCAGCUCAGUCCUACAGGCAUACAGUUGGCGCUGCAAUCUCGGCUGUGUGACAGGACGCGUAUCAGGGAGUACCAUCCUGGGGCGGUGCACUACACACAGGCUGAGCUGGGGGACUUCAGUGACGAGGAUGAUGAUGACACCAACGUCCUUUUCUACUCCCCUGACAUGACCCUGAAAGACAGAGGACCCUGAGAGAGAGAGAGAGAGAGAGAGAGA